UUCCCGUGACGUCACGACGCAACAUUUCCAAACAAUGCUCAGGAAAAAGCCACGUUGACUAUCUAGUCUAGAGUGAAGAGUGGUCCUCGGUUUGAGGCAGAUAGAAUCAGAGAUUUCUUGGUUUGAAGCCGCUUCAGGGCAGAGAUCAUGUCGUCCCCGCCGAAGGAGAAAGUGGAAACUAAAGGAGGACAUCUCCCCGCAGUUAAGGCAGGAGGUAUGAGGAUAGUGCAGAAACACCAGGCGCCUCCUCCCGUCGAACCUCCGCAGAAAGAUGAGGAUGAGGAGGAGUACGUCAGCACCAGCCCGCCGAAGGCCCCUGUGAUUGUUUCUGGAGUGGUCACAAAGGGCGAUAAGGACUUCACACCGGCAGCUGCUCAGGUAGCGCACCAGAAGCCCCAGCCUAGUGUUCCUAAGCUGCCCCCUACUCAGCACAUCAACCAACACAUCCACCAACCGCGCAAGUGAGCCAGCCCGCCAGCAGGCAGGCUCCUCUGCUAUCUCCUUCAACCAGCCUUUCCCAAUGGAACACACAGGAUGAAGAUGCUUUCUCAUCGGGCACAGAUCUCUGCUAAAUAAUAACAGUAAUUUUUGCUUGCUUGUUAUGUUGAAAACUUUUUUUUUUGUUGUUGCCAGGAACCAAUGAAAAAUGUCAGUACGACUGUUGUAGAAUAUCUGCUGUUGCUGUUCUGCUGCUGUGAUGCUGGAGUGCUAGUUCUACACCUUCAUGGCCUCUUCUCUACAGGGAUGGUUUGGCAGUUUGGUGGUCUUAAGUGGAGACGAACCUUAUUAAACAGUUCUCCUUUUAGCACGUAUCUGACGCUGCUGGGCGAGUGCUCACCAUAGCCAACCGAUCGCAAUCACUCUUACAAACAGUUUAAUCACUUUACAGAAUUGAACUCCUUUCUUUGAAGGAUUUCAGAGACCAAAAGAAUGUGAUUGAGAGCUAGCAGUCUUUAAAAGAAGAGUAUGGAUUUUGCUUCAGUUAUAUUACCAAGAUAGAGGCAUGUUAGGAAUUGGAGGGACACGCCAAAUACAGUAACUGACCUUAAAGCCAUUAUGACAAAGAAAAGCAUUCCAUUUUACUGUUUUUUUUACACAAAGCAUUACCAGAAAAUUCUUUUUUUUGUGGUAAAUAUUUUCAUUACAGCCAAAAAAAACAUCUAUAUCUAAGAAUAUAAUUUUCUCAAUAGAAAUUCAGGUGAUUCAUGUAAUGCCAUACUUUUAUUUUACCUUGACUGAACCAAUAGAUACACUUUCCUAGAAAAGUCCAUCUGUUGUGGUGUUCAAUGAGCUCAGCAGCGAUGCUUCUUUGCAGUUUGUCUCAUUUACCUCUCAUAGAUUUGAACCUGCUGAAGAGGCAACCACUGAUGUGAUGAAACUGGAGGCAACAACUUCCUAAACCUGUGUCUACAUCAGCAUUAGCCAGUACAUCGGCAGGUUUUGCAGGGAUGAUAUUAUACUUUUUUGACUGAACAUCACAGGAGUGCACUAGGAAAUGAGCUAAUCAGCUGGAAUAUGGAGGUAAAAAUGUGAGCCUAUUAAAAAAAAAAGAAGCAUUUUUCAUAAUGAAGUGCUUGAAGAAGGUUAAACAAUUUGUCUAUGAAGAAUAUUCAGCUCAACUGAUAUAGGAGGACACUAAAAUCCUGCUAAAGAAAACAACAUAUAAACAUAAAAACACACUUUCUGUAGCCAUCCUUCCCAAACAAUCAGCUGUUGGCAACACUAAUAGUUUUUUUGGAGCGUAUUUUACCAUGAAGGAAUCAUUUCUUAUGUUCUUAUGAUUUUGUUGAUUAGGGUUCGUUUUCUGUUGGUUUUCUUGAAUCAAUCUUUCAAAAUGUAAAGAAAACAUUCUGUUUAUAAGUGGACUUGGGUGUGAGGUGUGGUUGUCAGUAAAUAAAGAUAUAAAUUAUCUUGAAAUUAA